AUGUCAAUCAAUUCCCAUGUGACCGUUCUCGGGACAAUCUUCCUCCUCCUCGUUGCCUCAAGCCAAGCGUUGAAGCUUUCUCUUGGUGACCCGUGCACGGUGGCUGAUCAUCCAAAAUUAUGCAGACGAACCAUUAAGGGUCAAACGAAUGUGAACGCAGCGACAGAUAUGGCCAUAAGAGUGCUAAUGAAGCGGACGAUGCAAGCCAAAGAUAUGGCCAAGAAAGAGCCGAAAGGCGACGGAGGAGUCGCUACUUGUUUGUCCACCUUCGAUAGCGCGUUUGACAACUUGGCCAAAUCCCUUAAGAACAUGAAGGAAAAUGAUGGUUAUAGCCUCAACAUGAACCUUAGCGCAGCGUUAACCGACUACGAUACUUGCAUCGACGCAAUGGAGGGAACUCAGGAAGCUAACGUCUUCUAUAAAUCCGCAGGUGUUUUGUAUAAAAUGGCUGAUAACUGUUUGGCACUUUCUACCCUCGUUAAACAAUGA